AGGGCGUCCUGGGGCUGGGACCAACCACCAUGGCUGCGUCCCCCACAUCUGAACAGUUGGAAUAUGUUCACAACACCACAGGGGAAAGAAGUGCAAACGCGAGUUUCGUUCUUGCAGCACCUAGACAAUUUGGCUUAAGUGACUGGAUGUGGGCCCUCUGCCUGCUCAUUGCCCUGGUUGGGCUGGUGGAGAACAGCAUCGUCCUGUGGCUUCUGGGCUUCCGUAUCCCCAGGAAUCCCUUCUCUGUCUACAUCCUCAACCUGGCCGGGGCCGACGCCCUCUUCCUCUGUUGCUCCUUUCUGAUCUCCAUAGAUAAAGUUGUUGCCUAUUUGUACAAUUCUGUCACGUACAAGGUAGUGGCCUAUGUCACAUACAUGUUCUACAGUGUGGGCCUGAGCUUCCUGUCAGCGAUCAGCACCGAGCGCUGUCUCUCCGUGUUCUUCCCCCUCUGGUACCGAUGUCACCGCCCCGAGCAGAUGUCUGCAGCUAUAUGCGCUGUCCUCUGGGCUCUGGCCAGCCUGAGUGGGCUAACAAAUUUCGUUGUUUGUUUUUAUGUGCAUACUCCACAUUUCUGUCACGACUUCUUCAUCAUCGAGUUGGUGUGGUUCAUCCUCUUCACAUGUGUGCUGUGCGGGUCCAGUCUGACUCUGCUGCUGAGGGUCCAGUGCAGCUCCCAAAGCCAGCAGCCCCCCAGGCUCUACCUCCUUGUCCUGCUUACGGUCCUCGUGUUCUUGUUCUUUGGCCUGCCCCUGGAAAUAGGAGAUUUCAUAGCGCGCUACGACAUAGUUUUCAUGCCCCUUUGGCUUCCUUGGCUCCUGGCCUGUGUGAACAGCAGUGCAAACCCCCUCAUUUAUUUCCUCCUGGGCAGCCAAAGACAUAAAAAGAGGGAGCCCCUCAGGGUGGUCCUGCAGAGGGCCCUGGGGGAUGAGGGGGAGGUAGGAGGUGAGACUAGAGACACUCCCCACGCCAACACCGCUGAGAUGUCAUCCUGA